AUGGCGCCUUCAAGAGCGCUGCUCAGUAGCACGACAACCUGCACUCGCCAGCUCCGAUCUCUCCGCGCCCCAAUUAAACCAUCCCAACUCCGCUCAAUAUCGGCCUACGGCUACGAACAAGCAAAAUGCCUAGCCUUCGAUAAAUACGGCGAGCCCAAGGACGUUCUCAGACUACACAGCCAUUCUAUAAGUCCUCCGCAUGGAGAUCUCGUAACUGUGCGGUUCCUCGCUUCGCCCAUCAAUCCUGCAGACAUCAACCAGAUCCAAGGAGUAUACCCUACGAAGCCAUCGUUCACGACUUCCUUAUCGACAAGUGAGCCCACGGCCGUAGGAGGCAAUGAAGGCGUCGCAGAAGUGCUGUCAGCCGGCAACAAGGUCAAAGAUGUUCAGAAGGGUGAUUGGGUGAUCUUGAAGAAGCAGGGGUUUGGGACAUGGCGGACGCAUGCGCAGACGACGAUGGAGAAUCUGGUGCCUAUUAAGAACAAGGACGGUCUGAAGCCGGAGCAAGUUGGCAUGGUGUCUGUCAAUCCAUGCACAGCAUAUCGGAUGCUCAAGGACUUCGUCGAUUUACAGCCUGGGCAAUGGUUCGUUCAGAAUGGUGCGAAUUCCGGCGUAGGACGGGCUGCGAUUCAGCUGGGCAAGCUGUGGGGUUACGAAAGCAUCAACAUUGUUCGAAAACGAGACAGCGGCAUGGAGGAACUGAAGCAGGACUUGCAGAGCCUUGGUGCCGACAUUGUGGUCACGGACGAGGAGUUCGAGAAGAAGGACUUUCGCGAUCGUGUCAAGGAGGCUACCAAUGGAGGCCGAGAGCCCAUCCGUCUUGGUCUCAACUGCGUCGGCGGCUCUCUGGUUAACUCAAUGGCGAAGCAUCUGGCUCCCGACUCGCACAUGGUGACAUAUGGCGCGAUGUCGAAGCAGCCAGUACAGCUUCCUACUGGCCUGCUCAUCUUCAAGAACAUCAGCUUCGAUGGUUUCUGGGUGAGCAGAUGGAGCGAGCAGAAGCCGGACGAGAAGGAGAGAUGUGUGCAGGAAGUGCUGGACUUGACCAGGGAAGGGAAGUUCAAGGAUAUGCCGAUGCAGCCUCUGACCUGGAACUGGGAGACGAAACAGGAUCAGCUUGUACAGGCAGUGCAGGGUACAUUAGAAGGUUUUCGCAGUGGCAAGGGGAUCUUUGUGUUUGGCAACGAGGCAUGA